AGUAGUGCAGCGGCAGAAAAGCAGGUAGGGAGAGAGGGAUUCUCAGGCAAGAAGCAACCACAAGACCUCUCAGUACAUCAAAACCGAGGGAAGAAAUGCUACUUUCUUUGGGCUUGACAUAAAUAUCAUCGCCGGGGAACCAGCACGAGAAUAAGAUGGCCCCAAAUUCCAUCCACUGGUUCCGUAAGGGCCUCCGUCUGCAUGACAACCCGGCACUGCGAGAGGCGGUCAGAGGGGCGGGCACAGUGCGCUGUGUUUACUUCCUUGACCCAUGGUUCGCAGGUUCCUCCAACGUCGGGGUCAACAGAUGGAGGUUUCUCCUUCAGUGUUUGGAAGAUCUCGACGCCAACCUUCGGAAGCUCAACUCCCGCCUUUUUGUCAUCAGGGGCCAACCAGCCAACGUGUUCCCAAGGCUAUUCAAGGAGUGGAAGAUCUCUCGUCUGACCUUUGAGUAUGAUUCUGAGCCUUUUGGGAAGGAGAGAGACGCUGCCAUUAAGAAGCUGGCCAUGGAGGCAGGAGUGGAGGUCAUCGUCAAGAUAUCACACACCCUCUACGACCUGGACAAGAUCAUCGAGCUGAAUGGCGGGCAGCCUCCUCUCACCUACAAACGUUUCCAGACUCUGAUCAGUCGACUGGAUCCUCCUGAGAUGCCCGUGGAGACUCUGUCCGACUCUCUGAUGGGCCGCUGUGUCACCCCAAUCUCUGAGGACCACGGAGACAAGUACGGUGUCCCGUCCCUGGAGGAGCUGGGCUUUGAUACCGAGGGUCUGCCGUCAGCUGUGUGGCCGGGAGGAGAGACCGAGGCUCUGACGAGGAUAGAGCGCCAUCUGGAGAGAAAAGCAUGGGUGGCUAAUUUCGAGCGUCCCAGGAUGAAUGCCAACUCGCUGCUGGCCAGCCCAACAGGCCUCAGCCCCUACUUACGCUUCGGCUGCCUCUCCUGUCGACUUUUCUACUUCAAGCUCACUGACCUCUACCGCAAGGUGAAAAAGAACAGCUCCCCUCCGCUCUCUCUCUACGGCCAGUUACUGUGGCGGGAGUUUUUUUACACUGCGGCAACCAACAACCCGCGCUUCGACAAGAUGGAAGGCAACCCCAUCUGCGUCCGCAUCCCCUGGGACAAAAACCCCGAAGCGCUCGCCAAGUGGGCCGAGGCUAAGACGGGCUUUCCCUGGAUAGACGCCAUCAUGACUCAGCUGAGGCAGGAGGGCUGGAUCCACCACCUGGCCAGGCAUGCUGUGGCCUGCUUCCUCACCAGGGGGGACCUGUGGAUCAGCUGGGAGGAAGGGAUGAAGGUCUUUGAGGAGCUUCUUCUCGAUGCAGACUGGAGCGUGAACGCAGGCAGCUGGAUGUGGCUGUCAUGCAGUUCAUUUUUCCAGCAGUUUUUCCACUGCUACUGCCCCGUGGGCUUCGGCCGGCGCACCGACCCCAACGGGGACUUCAUCAGACGUUACUUACCUAUCCUCCGAGGUUUCCCUGCUAAGUUCAUCUACGACCCGUGGAACGCCCCCGAGUCCGUGCAGGCGGCGGCGAAGUGCAUAAUCGGAGUCCAUUACCCGAAGCCCAUGGUGCACCACGCAGAGGCAAGCCGGCUCAACAUAGAGAGGAUGAAGCAGAUCUACCAGCAACUGAGCCGAUACAGAGGACUGGGCCUGCUGGCUUCAGUGCCGUCCACCAAUGGAAACGGGAACGGAGGAAUGAUGGCCUACUCUCCUGGAGAGCAGCAGCCAGGGACCAACAACAACAACAACUCACAUUUGCCUGGAGUGUCAGGGAGCUCCGUAGCUACCGGUAACGGCAGCGGGAGCAUCUUACUCAACUUUGAUAAUGAAGAACAGACUGGACCGAGUAGUGCUGCACAACAACAGCGACUGCAACCUCACCCACAGCAGCAGCAGCAACAGCAACAUCAUGGAUACCACUCAGUGCCAGACGCCAGUCAGACCAUCACCAGCAGCCGACUCUACCACGAGUUUGCUGUGCCUCAACAUCCAGGACUCCUCCUACACACCAGAAGUGGCAUGUCGGGGAAGAGGGAGCGUGAGUCGGAACGUGAAGGCACAGGAGAAAAAGAUCAAGCGUCCUGCUCCGUGCACAAGAUGCAGAGGCAAAGUACAGAGACUACAUAGAGUGGACAUCUUUGAGUCCAGCUUGAAUCCAGAUUUGAGUCACCAUCUAGCCGGCAGUGAGAGAGAGAGAGGAAAUCCCAUCAUGGUCACCUGUCCUCCGAACGCGCAGCUCCAUGCGACUGCCUCUUCUUCAAUCACUCAAACACUGAUCACAGUUUUACUAGAAACUCCCCGGGGUGCAAACACAAAGGUGAAAAUGUGAUUUUUUUUUUCUUUUGUGGGCUCCUGAUGCAUCUUUUUUAUCUGGAGGACCUUUUACGGGGAAACUAAACCGCCUCAAACACAUUUUUGUACAAAUAUAAAUAUAUAGAGGUAUAUAUAUAUAUAGGAGAAACUACAUUACUGUCUUAAACUGCGACCACCAGCCAGUAUAUACUGUAUAGUAUGAAGCAGCUAUAAAUGUAAGUAAUAGUAUAUUUAGCUGUUUUUUAAACUGCAGAUAAAGCUCCGUCGUGUAAAAAGAGACUAAUACUGUCGGGUAUACGUGACGUCACGCCAAAUGUCCUCAUCGUACACGUCAGUUUGACUUAGAAUAUAUGUCCUGGUCCUUACAUGGGGAAAAAAGCUUUUUAAACCACUGAUAUUUCUAUGUUUAUGAAGUGUUUGUAAAUAAGAUUUUUAAACACAACCCUUAAAAUAAAUCUGGAAAAUGAAUUUCAAAUGAAAACAGGUUAUUUCGACAGAUAAAAACACUACAUGUGUUCACAAUACCAGCCCACCAGGUUGAUUCAGGGACAUCAGCGUUAAUUCUCAGCUCUAGUUUAGAUGUAAAUAUCAUUUUCUGCAAGCACUGCAACACAAAUUAAGCACUUGACAGUUGAACUAAUGGGAACACUUAUCACUGCCUGGCUGGAACAUGUAAUCAUUUAUCUAUAUCGGCAGCUAAAAAGAGGGAUUUUUGUGUUUUUUUUUCAGACAUAAAACACACACAAAAUACACAAUCAACCCCUGAAAUAUACAUAAGAAGUGAUGCUAUGCCCCUCUUUGUGAACACUUGCAAAAGGUACGCCUCUUUAUAUCUGGACUCUUUCUUUACAACUUGCAGAUAAGAUGUCAAACUAGACAAGCAAAUCAACAGAGAUAAGUUCAUACAAAGCGAGUUAAAAUGAAAUAAACCUUUGGUUUUUAAGUAUCUUCAAUAAGAACAAUGACUAAAACUUAGCCUCAAGCUUUAAUGUGACUCAAUUUAAUUCUGAGUCUUUUAUAUGGACAAAAAUAUAAAUAUAAAUCCCCCCAAACUGAUUUUAAUGAUAUUGAUUUGAUAAAGUGUCCAGGCAAACCCUUGAUUAUUGAAGACAUACAAUACGUAGUCUUUAAAAACAAGUUUACAGUGUGUUGUCGUAGAUAAAUUAGGAGUUUUCUGUGUCUCUGGCUAUAAAACUGCCAUUUGAGAAUGUGGCAUUGUGGGUAAAGGAGUCCUUUUGUAGCUCUUUUUGUAGGAGGUGGAUUGUGUAACGUCCAUGAGCUAAAUAUAAAGAUAGACAUGUAGCUGAAAGCUUCUUUUCCUGUGUUUUUAUCGAGGGGGUAGGUAGGAUGAUUACAGAGAAUUUUAUUUACAUCAUUUUUCUCUACAUCAUGCGUUACGUUUUUGGCAAACUUUCAGUGGACUCUUGGAAAAUACCAUUGAUUUCACUCGAAAUCUGCUCGAAACCAGUCACAUUUUCACCUUUCUGUUUACCCCAUGUAAAAACUUCUCACAUUACUGAAAAAUUUUUGGUAAGAUAAGACCGAAAGUUGUAACCCAACACUGCUGUGGCAAAUUCCCUAGAGGAAUUUUGUCCUCCAGAUCACAACGCAGGCAGGUGGCUGCAAACUCUCUCAUCGGUGUUAUAUUUUUUAAGAUUUCUUAUAAAAACCAAAAACUUGCAAAAGAAAAAGGUGGGAGAAAAAAAAACAAGUUGAGUCGACACAAAUAGAAGACGGGCGACGGCAUCUGAUCCAAAUGAGCCGAACUAUUUCUGUGACGGAAACAGAAAGCAACAUUCCUCAGAAACAAUGAACCCUCCUCAUGAAGGAUUUCUGCUACUGUACAAGGAGUUCAGCUAUAUUUAUGUAGGGAUACGCGCCACAUUUUGCAGCCUGGAAAUGCACGAGGGGAUUAAAGACCAGAGAAGGGUCGCAAAAUGUAAAGUUAGGAGGAUUGUGCAACAGCGUUGGGAAGAUGAUCUGAAGUCCAGUCCCUCCUCCAUUAUCACCUUUACUCCUGGUGAGAUGAAUGCAGUCGAAUAAACCAGAGAAUGUAUGAAAAUCCCUCUGUAAAAUACACCCACGCUGAUGUUAAUACCCUGUUCCCUUCACAUACACACAGCACAACUUCUACAAACAUUUAUUUACAUUUAAGUUUACUGAGAAAACACCGCAAAGUUCACAAACUCACUGGAAUCUUUAAAAUCACACCAAAUCAUUCAGUCUAGUCUGUCCUUCUUUCUUUAUUCUUAUAGUUUUGUUUUGUUUUGUUUUUUUUUUUUGUUUUUUUGUUUUUUUUUAUGUAGAUACAGAUUAAAAAGUCAAAUUAGAAGGUGUCGCGUUUACACGUCCCCAGCUCAUUUUAAUCUGUUUUGCAUCAGGUUUAACUUGAGCAGCACUUAAAAAAUGAUAAAAUACCAAGCUGGAAACUUCUUCUGGAGUUCUCCAAUGAUGAACGCUCCUGUAGCUGUUUGGAGUCUUUAUAAAGUUCAGAUGGAAGAACUCAUUAGCUUGCAAAAGCAAAUAAAUGAUUCAAACGUAAGAAACAAAUAAAAAAUCACUGAUUACAAAUCAGUCUUUAUUCUUGAUUGUUAAGGCAAUGUAUGUAAGGAAGCUUGAAGUGCAUACACUCAUGAAACAUGUUCCAGCACAGGUCUUUUAUACAUUAAAACAGACUGUAGCACUGGAAGUAACUCCUGAAACACACUUAAAAAAACACAGGAACACAUCACACUCAUACAUAAAGUUAAACUUCAAAUAAAGGCACAGUAUGCAGACUUUUUGCAAUGCAAUGUUUAAACCCCAUAAAAACUUCUACCUUUUCCUUAUUUAAAUACUCCUGUUACCAAAGCCAGAGAAAUCCUUUGUCACUCAAAAAUACAAAUCCCAAUAAAUUACAGUCUUUAUGAGUAACUAAUCUUGAUUUAAUCACAACAAAAAAAUGUUUAUUAGGCUUGCUAACGUUAACCAAACUGAUCAAACCUCUAUAAAAUGAUGGCAUGUAGACUGAAAAAGUAUAAACUAGAGCUGUCAGUCUGUCAAAGAUAGUCAAUUUGAUAAUUACAGUCUUUAUCAUUGAUUAAUCUUGAUUAAUCAAAUAUUGGGAUUUGGAUUGUUAACACAGUUCAACUCAUCAAACCCCCCACAAAGUACUGACAUGUUGUCCAAACAUCUAUGAAUUAGAGCUAUAAAUCUAUCAACGGUAUUAAAUUUGAUAAAUAACAGUUUUUAUUGUUGAUUAAUCUUGAUUAUUUUCAUCAAAUAUUGUGAUUAGGAAUGCUAAUACCAUCAAAACCCUACAAAGUAUGGACAUGUUGACCAAAUGUAUAAACCAGAGCUGUAACUAUAUCAAAGGUAUUAAAUUUGAUAAGUUACAGACUUUUUAGUUGAUUAAUCUUGAUUAAUUGCAUAAAAAUGUGAUUAGUAUUGCAGACACAAUUUAAACCUAUUGAUACACCACAAAGUACUGACAUGUUGACCAAACAUGCAUAAGCUAGUGCUCUCAGUGUAUCAAAAUUAUUAAUUUUACUCAAUCACAGGCUUCAUUGUUAAUUAACCUUAAUUAAUCACAUCAAAAAUUCUGAUUAUGAUUGCUAACACCACCAACAAAACCCCAUAAAUUAUUGGCAGACCAAUCGUGCAUAAAUAAGUUCUGUAAGUCUUAAAAAAUACAAAUCACGAUUACAUACAGGUUUUAUCAAUAAUUAAUCUUGAUUAAUUGCAUAAAAAACUGUAAUUAGGAUUGCAAACACCAUUCAGACUCUGUUAACACCACAAAGCAUUAACAUGUUUACCAAAUGUAUAAAAAUUAAAGUUGGCAGUCCCUAAAAAAUACUGAUAAAUGAUCAAUUACAGUUUUUAUUGUUGAUUAAUCUCAAUUAAUCGCAUCAAAAAUGUGCUCAUUAUGCCUAACACCAUACAGACUCAUCAGAACACAGCAAAGUGAUGACAUAUUGAAAUAUGGUAAAUUAGAGCUGUCAGUCCACUUGAAAUAUUAAAUUCGAUUAGUAACUGUCUUUAUGUCGAUUAACUUUGAUUAAUCACAUCAAAAAUUGUGAUUAGGAUUUCUUAAAUCAUUCAAAGUCAUGAAAACACCACAAAGUGAUGACAAGUAGACCAAACAUUUUCUAAACAGAGCUUUCAGUAUAUCAGGAAUGAUACAUUUGAUGAAUUACAGUCUUGAUUGACGAUUAAACCAGAUUAAUCGCAGCAAAACUAAUGCUUAGGAUUGCAUUACUUUAAACCUACUGCAAUGCCCUGUGUCUGGAGGGUCAUUUCUGAAAUUAACAUGUUUAUUUUUAUUUUUUAAAGAUUUAUUUUUGGGCUUUUUAUGCCUUCAUUUAGAGCACCCACUACUCUUGACAUCAUCCUUUGUUAUUGUUUUGAUUGCGAGCCCCCUGGUGGAGGAGUUCACAUACUGCACAUUUGAAUCGGGGUUCGCCUUUAUUUGAAGUUUUACGGUGCAUCCAAAUAAACACAUGCGCCCAUAUACACACAAAAACCACUCAUCAGAAAUGCAAAUAAAUAAAAAAAAAACACUAACUCCAAACACACACAGCCUUCUAAAUGGUUAGACAGGAGAGAACUGAUUCUAAAGCCUCAAUCUGCAUAAAACACUGUUGUCAUUAUUGACUUUUAAUUGGCUUUUUGGAGCUGCACUUGUUGCUUUACUCAGAAUUUGGGAGCCAAGCUCAAUAUGAGAGGAUUUCCUGUGCAAAGAUGCCAAAAUAAGAGCGGCCCAAAUAGAACCAAAAAUUAAAGGAAGAUUUUUUUAACACAGCUUCUGAUAUAAAAUCCCAAGAGAUAAAGACACAUUAAAUUGGCUGAACCAUCUUUCACUGGCAUUUAGAGCCAUCCUAGUGUUUAGACUUCAUCGACAGAGUGUAUUUGUAAAAACGCACCUGCAGAUUGGGGCUGUAGACGUCCAAUGGCGGUUUGCAGCCACUCUCCUAAGAAAGUUCUGGUUUCAGUGGAGCCGUGGUGACUGGUGUCUGUGUACAGUACUCGAUAUUUGUCCAUCUGUGAUUUUACUGCCCUCGGCUUCAGGAGUAAUGUAUCGGGGGGGUAAAGGGGAGGGAGCGGGAGAUAAAAAGUAUUGUAGUGUUUUGUAUUAUAAUUCUGUCUGUUCUCCAGAGGAUUUGAACGUUGUUAGUUUUUGUCGCUUUUAUCACUAUGAAAAAAAAAAAAAAGAAAAAAGUUGAACCAAGUUUUUAUUCUCGCUUUAUUUUUGUCUGCUUUGUUUUGUUCUCCCUCCUGUGACAUGGAGGUGAGAACAGAUGCCAUCUAUCAUCUCUGUUAUAUUACUGCUCUGUCUCUCCUUGUGUUGUGAAAGGCUUUCUUGUGCUUGAUCAAGUUCAUGACAGGAAAUUAAAAUUGUUACAACUUGA